AUGCACGGGGAUAUUUUGGUAUUUUUAACAGGACAAGAUGAAGUUGAGGAGGUGAGGAAUUUUUUUUUAAUUUCCCAAUAUAAAACAGGAAUUUUUUUUCAGGUUUGCGAAAAGCUGCGAGAUGCCUCAAGUUCUCUGCGAAAUUGCGAUAAAUUAUGGGUUGUUCCGUGUUAUGGCGCACUUCCCGCCAAAGAACAAAUGAAAGCUUUCGAUUCCACUCCACACGGAACUCGCAAAAUUGUAAUCGCUACAAAUAUUGCCGAAGCAUCGGUGACAAUUCCCGGAAUAUGUUAUGUAAUUGACACGGGAUUUGUGAAACUUCGAGCUGUUAAUUCGAAAAAUGGAAUUGAAUCAUUAAUGCGAAUUCGAAUAUCGAAAGCAUCGGCUGAACAAAGAGCUGGAAGAGCGGGAAGAAUUCGACCAGGGAAAGCUUAUCGAUUGUAUCCGGAAAGUGAAUUUGAGAAAAUGACGGAGGGAACUAUUCCCGAGAUUCAGCGAACACAUUUGGCGCCGACGAUUUUGCAAUUGAAAGCGUUGGGCAUUCAGAAUGUUCAUAAAUUUCAUUAUUUAUCGGUGAGAGAGGGGAAGAAAAAUGGGGAAAAUUAAAAAAAAAAUUUCAGCCACCUCCAUCUUGGUCAAUGAUUAAUGGAUUGGAAUUAUUAUACGCACUUGAAGCUCUGGAUGAAAAGUGAGUUUUUUAAACUUAAAAUCUUAUUCAACCAAACCUGGUCUGGAUUCAAAAAAUUGACAAAUUUUCAUCAGAAUUUGAAAAUAUUUUUAAUAUGAGAAGUUUUAACUUGAAAUUUUUAACUUGAAAUCUUAUUCAAAUAUGAUAAAAAUGAUAGAUCGUGGUUUCGUAGUUACUACGAAUUGUCGAUUUUUGAAUCUAGCUUAUUUUUUUAGACCUAAAAAUACUGCACUUUUUUGAAAAAUUAAAAAUUGUCUUUAUUAAAGACUGUGUAAUUUUUGAAAAGUUCUUUGCUUUGAAUUGGAAUUUUUAAAUUUCAAAUUUAAUCCGAAUUCUGAAAAAAUUAGACCUAAUUUUUAUUUUUAAAAUCUGGAUUCCAGAAAAAUUUUAUCCUCAAAAUUAUGACAUCUAAAAAUUUGGUCAAACCCAAAAUUUUUAAAAAAUUUAAAAUUUAUUAUUUGAAAAUGGUCCAGAAGGCUUUUAGACCACAAAAAUACUGUACCUUUUUUGAAAAAUUUUUGAAAAGUUUCAAUUUCAAACUUAGCCCAGCCCCUGAAUCUCUCGCCCUCAAAAAAAUAUUUCCAGAUCCCUGUUGACCAACCCAUUAGGAGUUCAAAUGGCCGAAUUUCCAUUGCCACCAAUGCACAGUAAAUGCCUCUUGAAAUCCGCCGAAUUCGAAUGUAGUGAAGAAAUUGUGACGAUUGUUGCGAUGAUGCAAAUUCAGGAUGUUUUUGUGACACCGUUCAGAAGUCGACAUCAAGCGGUUGGUUUUCUUUUCAUUUUGAAUUUUUCGAAUUUCGUUUUCAAAAAAUCUUUCAGGAUGCAACUCGACGAAAGUUUUCGGUUGAAGAGGGCGAUCAUAUGACAAUGUUGAAUGUGUAUACGAAAUUUGUUGAGUCGGGAAAAUCGAAAAAAUGGUGUACGGAUCAUUUUGUGAACUAUCGUGGAUUGAUGCGAGCGGAUAAUGUUAGAUCGCAAUUGGUGAGAUUGUUGAAUCGAUUUGGCAUCGCCAAAAUGUCGUGUAGAGGAUUGAUAAGUGAGUUGGAAAGGGGAGGUUUAUUUGAGACUAAAUUUAGAAUUGCUCAUGUUAAGCGCCUCAUUUUGAAUCCGAACAUCCAAAACAAGUUGCUCAUGUUAGAAUCAAACUGGAUUUUCAAAGAGGAGAUUUUUUGAAGACUUGAAAAAUGGGUUAUUAUUGCUCAUGUUAAAAGCUUAUUUUUUAAUUCAAAAGGGGCAUUGCUCAUGUUAGACUCGGAUUUUGAGCCAUCUUUUGAGAUUUUUGGUCUAAAUGACUAAAAAACCGGAAAAUUCAUGCUGAAAAUCUGAGAAAAUUCGGAUUUUUCAACAAAAAAAUUUAAUUUUCGCGCUCAAAAUAACAAAUACAGUACUACCCUUUUUUAGUGCCACGUGGCAAUUUUAAGCUCAUAUUUUCCAGACGCUUCUGAAAACAUUCGACGAUGUUUGGUGACUGGAUUCUUCUCACAAGCUGCAAAAUAUCAUUACACUGGAAAAUAUAUGACUGUCAAGGAAGAAUUCCCGUUCAAUGUCUAUAAAGGAUCGUCAAUUAUGUUCAAAAAGGAUUAUCCGAAAUGGUAGGUUCUCUUUGAGAUUUCAAAAAUCAACUUCCAAGAUAUCUUUUACAGGGUGAUAUUCACUGAAGUUAUGCAAGAUUCGAUUCGUGAUGUGACUGUGAUUGAUCCGGAAUGGUUAUAUGAAUUAGCACCGCAUUAUUAUGAAUUUGGAACUGUAAGUUCUCAAAUUAUUUAUUGAAAUCUUUAAUUUUCUUUUUCAGCAUGGAGAAUUGGCAGAAAAACGAAAAAAGAAUUGA